GUUCACGAGGGUGACGCGGAAUUCCGCAGCCACAGUUCGCCACGUGGCCUCUCAUCAUACCAUUUAAUUCGCUCCCUCCACGCGAGAUUGAAUGACAGAUACCUCUUAACGAGAUUCAUCCUGCUUAACAAUGGAAAAUCCCGUCUAGCGUUGGCAGUGUCGACGCGCUAGGAAUGCGAAGCACUCCUACGUAAGCACACUCGCGUGCGAUUACGGCAUCAAUUAUCGUCGACGAUCGAACACAGGCGUCUUUUUAUUCUGAGUUAAUAAGUAUAUGUGUUCACGCGAAGAACGACCGCUUCUCUCUUUUUCCCUUCCCCUCCCUCUCUCUCUCUGGCGAACGUGAGAACGCGAGAAGCGACUUGUAAAUCGUGUUGUAGAAGAAGUUAAAUACCAAGAAAUGAUAAGGUGGUUCUGAGUGUGUAAAUUGUAGAUUACUUUUAUCGCCGGGAGAGGAGAGGCGAUCAGUAUUAAAAGGUUCAGUAUCUAAAAAACCACAAUAAAUUAUCGUGCCGUGAGAUAACGGUUACAUUAUAAAAGAACCACGACGGUUUCGCCAGUCUAUCAAUAUUUCACUGUCGCCCUCACGUUUGUUACGUUUUUUAAUCGUAACGAGAGAUUAUCACAGAGAUAGAUUGUAAUCAAUGUAUGAUCUUCGAUUGAUUACGCGUCGUUAAAAUUCUUUAAAUUAUAGCAAAAUAUUAAUUCCAUUAAUAUUGCCGUAUUUAAUAAUCAAAUCUCAGUAUUGUUGAAUUUCGUAAGUCUUAAUAAAUACAAAAGCAGAGGAAAUCAUGAAUCAAACGGAAAAUCGUGUUAACUUGAGCGACAUGAGUGAGAAGUUCACGGAAGAGGCGCUGGUAGAGGUUCUCCGUAAGGCGUACAACGGGAAGAAAGUGCAGCUGACAAAUUGGAAUUUUGGUGGCGAGGGAUUUACCAAAGGCGACAGCUACUUAUCGACUGUUACCAAGGGUAAAGUGUACGGUAUUGUAAACGACAAUCCAGAACAAGUUAACGUCGUUGUAAAAUCGAUUCCUAAAAACAUUGGCAGAAGAAAGACCUUUAGGAGCGCAGAAUUUUUCGGUAAUGAAAUCGUGUUUUAUACAAAGGUUUAUCCAAAGAUGGAAAACUUCUUGGCAGAGAAAGGACAAUGCAAUUUGCUGCGCAUACCACGUUACUUGACUUCGUACCAGGAUGGUGAAAAUGAUUUUAUAAUCUUAGAAGAUGUCUCUCCCCUAGGAUUUGGACCUGCGUCCAGACAAAACUGUGUGGACUGGGAGGAAUUGACUGUGAUCUUAGAAGCCCUGGCAAAAUUUCACGCAAUUUCAUUUGCGUACAAGGAUCAAAAGAAAGAGGAGUUCGUAGAAGUUGCGAGUUAUUUGAAAGAAACCUACUUUGGUGAUGAUCACUGGGAGUGGUACCAAGAAUUCCACAAAUCGCUGGUAAAUAUAGCUAAACAUGCAUUAAGUACGGAAUAUCCCAACAGUGAAGCUCUAAAGCAAUUUAAUUCCUAUGAAUUUGGCACACUAUAUGACGAGUGCUCAAAAUCAUGUAACAGCAAAGAUAAUCCGACGAGUGUUAUAGCCGCGGGUGACUGUUGGGCUCCGAACUUUCUAGUUCGAGACACUGGGGAAAAUAAAGAAGCACUAUUGCUGGAUUUUCAGCUUGCACGUUACGCUAGUCCUAUUACAGAUCUAUCAUUUUUAGUUUAUUCUUGCACUUUGAAGACAUUUCGAGAUCAGUAUUUUGAUGACAUAUUGAAGACUUAUCACUCCGAAUUGAGCAGCGCCAUUAAAUCUCUUGGAUCUGAACCGGAAAAGAUUUAUCCCUGGGAUUUAUUUAUGAAAGAUGUGAAGAAGAACUUUAAAGUUGGAAUGGUAUUCUCUACUGAAGCUGUUCCAUUUUGUUUAUUGGAUCCAUCUCAGUCAUUCGAUUUAGAUGCUAUUAUCAAGGGCAAUGAUGCAGUAAAUAUUGCUGAUGUUUGGAAACUAUCUAAUAUUGAAACGUCAAGUGGAAGACAAAGAUUAGCAGACGUAAUUGUUCACGCAGUUGAAAAUGGAUAUUUAUGAAAGUAUAAAAUAUGAAAAGUACAUCUAUUACUGACAAGCACAAUACGUUAAUAAUAAGUGCAUCACAGAUGCAUAUUUGAUGUUAAUAAUCUUGCUGCACAAAGCAAAUUACUUCUUAAGAUCGUUGAAAAAUGCCUUAAUCGGUCUCGCA